GCGCGGCCGUCAUUUAUCCGAGACACGCGGGCUCGGCGGGUCCUCUCGAACGAAUCUCGACGCGAUCUCUCCCGAAACACGAUAGAGAACUCGUAGGUACAUGUUAUUAUUUAACACACGAAAGGGCUUGAACCCGAAGCGUAAAAAAAACAUUAUGUUCUAUUUUCGAACGCUGCACGCUCCGUUCUAUUUUUGAACAUAGAUAACAUAUUGAAAUGCGCGAGUGUGUGGACCGAACAUUUUAGUGAAAUAUAGUUCAAUUCGUAAAUUAAUGAUAAUGUUGUAGAUAUUUAAAUUUAUUGUGGUCACGAGCUCGGUGAAUAUAUUUGGCGAUUAUCCCCGAACAACCUUCAUCAUGAAUUGAUAAGUUGGCAAGCAUGCGGCGGCGACGUUGCUGGACAGCGGGCGGCGGCGGCUAGCAUGGCCGCGCUGCUCCUCCUGCAGCUGCUGGGUGCUGCGACCGCCGCCAGCCUCGGCGACCUGGCCCGACGGGACACCGGCGACGUGUUCACUGUACUCGGUGGUGAAUGUGGGUCGCAGUGCGUGGAGUACGGCGCGGGGGCGGCGGGGGAGGGGGUGGGAGAGGGGUUGAGGGAGGGGGUGAAGGGGCACUGCGCCUGUGCAUGUCCACAGCGCGCACCCUUGUUCAGGGAGGAUCGGGAACUCUGCGUUGAUGACUUACCAGAAUGCUCCCUGGCAACCUUCGGCUCUGGGACCGGCGUACAGCGGAUUCCAUUCGUCUAUUUGCCGCUCAAGGGUCAAAUCAUACAUCCAUCACGGGAAAUCACCUUCCACAACGUGAAGACCCCAAUUUGUGCUGUGUCUGGAGCCCAGUAUCUGACACGAAAGGGAUUUUUGGAUCUCCGAAAUACGAUUGAUGCUGAUGUACCAUUUAGUUUGUUUCGAGAUGAAGGCAGAACUUUUCUACAGUGGAGCGGUGAAGACGAAGUACGCAAGCGAAUGUCAGGACGUGUGAUGGUCGUACGGCUGCUGUGUCGAGACAUCUCUGCCACACCAAUAUCGCCCUUAGAUCUGAGGGGAGUGUUCACACCAUGUGUCGCAUUUAGAGUGCAGGGAACACCACCGAGACAUGCCACAAAUAUCACUGAAGUUCAAUUCGCAUCUAACGCGCAAACUUCUGAAACAUCUAGCGCAUCCGGACUGACUGUCACAGAGUACAUCGCAAUCGGAAUAAGUUCCUUACUACUCGGUCUUAUAUACGUCGCUUCUGUUUUUCUCUACUUACACAUCAAAAAACGUCGAAAAGCUUCUGCGGAAGACAACACUUUAAGAAAACUUAAAGUGCUAAGAAAAAAGGAUGGAACCGCUAUUACAGAACAUGAUAUCAUAAGGAUAAAUAAUGAAAGGGUUCAGUCGUUGGCUAAUGCUUUGGGUCAAGAUGAUGGAGUGGUCAAGAAAAACCCAUUGUUGAACGUUGUACGACAAUUCCAUGAUAAUAAAAGCUUCACGAGUGACCUUUCUGAUUGUGAAGACUUUGCAGAUAACACUAGCCGCGGUGAAGAAAACAAUGAAACCACUUCGGUAAUUAUACAUAAGCAUAUCAAUGAAAUGAGACAUCAAGGCGACGGUUUAGAAUUAAAUCAUCGAGAUGAAUCGAGUAUAGAACGUCUACCAGACGAACAUGUGUCCAUAGUAGAGACAAUAGACGAUCGUGAGAUCGCUAGACCAGUGGGAACAACGCGGCGCAAGCUUUACUUCAACCCAGCUUAUUUUGAACCACAUUUAAUGGCAGACCCUCCUGCUGCAGCAAUUGAAUUUCUUUCGAAAAUUCGGGAAGUUAUAGCAAUCGCAAAACAAAAAAUGGCAAUAAAACGUUUUCAUCCAAUAUUGAAUCAUAUACCAGAAGAAGAAACUUAUCCAUCUAAUGUAAGCGUUGACCUUUAUCACAGUAUGGGCAGUCAACGGAGUGGAAGCAUGGUUAGUCUUAAAAGGGAGAAUAGUAGAAAAAGAUCCACCAAUUGUUUAGGUUGUCCUGGAUGCAAAACAAAUAAUACUGAUAAUGAUGUGCCAACAUUUAUGAAAUACAACAUUGCCACAUGCUCUAGCUGCCUUGGAGAAAAAGGAGACAAACAACAUAGUAUCAGAAAAUGGUUAGAAAAUAUUCCAAGUGGAAAGCAACAAGUGUUUUAUAAUGAUAAUCAAACUCAAAAUUUAGCAAUUUCAUUAUUAUCUUUGCCUAACAAUGAAAAACAAUGCCAGAUACAAAAACAAAAUAGUUUUAGUGCAACUCAUACUGCAAAAGUAACAGAUGAAUUCGCGAUCUCUAAAAGAAAUGCCUCUCGUUCAGUUAGAUCAGAACCAUCUGUUCGAAAUUACAAUUUACCUUUACCAGAAUUUAAUGACACUGAACCUGAAAAAACCCAUUGCCAGACAGUGUCACGAAUGGACGAUAUAACGCCCAUUGAUUUUAAUGGAUAUAUUUCUGGAAGUUUAAGACAGAAACUAGAUGGUACUAUAAGAAACGGAAAUACCUUAUUGAAAAAUAAUAACGCACUACCCGAUAUGGUUAACGAAGCUAUUGCUCUUGAUCAUUUCUCUAGGUCAUCAUAUAAUUUAAGCAGUUCAGACGAAGAACGUUGUCUUAAAAAUUCAACGCCAGAUGAGGCUAAGACUCCGUACAUCAAAAAUAACUCAGAUGUAGCUUCAGGACAUGAAUAUGAAACGGAUAGUCUUGAAAGAACAUCAAAUAAAAAGGGAAAAAGUAUUGAUUAUCCUGAUGUCCCUUCAUCCCAAGCUAGUCCAAGUUUAAGCAAUGCCUUGCCAUUAGAAGAAGAACUUACCAUGAGAAAUGCUGUCUAUAAAACAAACUCUAGCGGUGUUAGCAACACACCAUCACCAGAAGAUAUGUACGUAGAUGAUAAUCAUUAUGAAAUUAUAGAAAUAAAGAAAACCAAAGUGGAGCCCGUUAUUGGCAUAGGAUCAAAACACAAUUCUAGUUACAGUUUGGUGAGUGAAGUGUAUGUAAAUAACAAUUAUAAUUUUGGCAGUGCACCAACUUCACCAAGUGGCUCUGAAUGCUCAAUGGGAAGUAGAAAAGGGUUGAAAUUGGAUAAGCUACAAGAGAGACCUGGCUGUUUGACAAUCGAAGUCAAAGAUCCCCCUGAAAAUUAUAUAAAAAUUCAUGAAUCCGAUGGUUUCGAACCUGAUACGUUAGAUCGAAAACAUCCUAAGCAUAAAGAGAUUAUAGAAAAUAUCAACUUUAGUCGAAGAGACCUUCUAAAAAACAUUGAUACGACAGAAAACCGAAAACUUGAUCGUAUACAGCUUAGAAGCAGUGGAACAUAUUCAAAAAAUAAUGGAAAAUCAGAAAGUUUGAAUAAGUUCAAUAGCUUGAGAAAUGAUCAUGAACAUCAGCGUAAUUUUCUAAACCGCCCUAAGUUAUCGCCAAAUAUAUACAGUGGUUCAAAAUCAUUAGAGAAUACAACAGAUGAUAAUUGGGAUGAUAAUGGUGGUUGGACAUCUGAAGACAGCCGUAUAUUAACAUUAGAACUUAGGCACUCGAAAAGACAACGGCAAUGCACACCGCCUACUAUAAAACAAAUUAAAAACUUAGCUCGACCUGAUAUUCUACCACCUUUACCGCCAAUUGAAGACGACGCUAUUUAUGAAAAGCCAAGAGUUCCACCUAGGAGAGUUCAAUGCGAUAAUACUGUAGAAGACCAUAGUUCUUCUAACGUGUCUCCACGUAACUCAAUUCGCGAAUCCUUAAAUAGCCCACCAGUUAUCGCAGCACAAUCCACUCAUCCACAGAAAUUGGGAUACGAAGACAUUAAUAUCGCAAAUUCAAGUCAAAGUGAUAUCAAAUCCGAUGACUGUCGAAACUCUACAAGAACGAAAAGUUGUUGUAGCAGCGGAAUAAACACUAAUACUUUCGUGAGAAGUCAGAAAGGAGACAAUUUUCACAGGACGAAAUUCAGACGGAAAAGGGGUACCAAUAUAGAAGAUUCUGGUUAUCUCAGUAGUGACUCGACCAGUUCUAAACAAUUUCAAAAGAAAAUAGUAAUUGCGAAAGUAGCUAGUUGUACUGAAAGUGAAGAUACAGGGGACGAAGCAAGGAGUGAAUCUGGUGCUGAAAGUAUAGAAACACAUUCGGUGUACUUCGGUAAUUGUCACAAACUACAUCAAAAUAAUGAAAUCAUAAAAAACACUGUCAAAGUGCCAAAGGAUAGUAGAAGAAAAGUUAAAAUAAAAAGUGAAAAUCAUAGCCAGUAAAAUUUGUGAAAUAAUGAACGCAGUGCAAUAAUAGUGUAACCAAUAAUUAUAUAAUUUUAGUUAGAUAAAAUAUUUAAUAUAAUACAUAAAAUACCUCUGACAAAUUAUAUUUUAAAUUAAAUAAUAUAAAUCUAGGUAGUUUAAUUGUAAAUUAUCAAAGAUAGGCCGGACGUGCAAUGCAAUAAUAGAAUAGUUAGAUGUAAAACAGAAUAUUUUAUUAAUUGAUGUAUAUUUGGUUGGAUAAAAAUCUCAAAUCCUUUUUACAAUAUUUCCCUUAUAAAGAAUAGAAAGAAUUAUUUAGGAGUAAUUCAAUAAGUAAAACGUUUUUAGAGAUAUUUGUACAACCGUAUCAACAUCAUCGUACUAGUAAUUAAUAUCUUCAUGACAAUUUCUGUUACCUAAAUAUUUUCCCUAUAAGGGAUUUCUUUUUAUUUCAUUAGUUUUAUCUAAAUUAUAUUAUUGUAUAAAAUAUUUUGUUGUUAAACUUAAGUUAUUGUAUAGAAUAUUUUGUUGUAUAACGUAAGUUUACUGUAUGUUUUGUAUAUAUUGAGCAGAGUCUGGCGGCAAAAUUUGGCUUCCUAGUACCUGACAAAUAUAGAUUGCUCCGGAGGGGUUUUGAGUUUACGGCACAUUGCCGCUACUACCGCAUACUAAUUUUGGGGUAAACCGCACAACUCAGUCCGUCUGAACACUACAGUGGGAACGGCAGUAUUACGACUGAGGGAGUUGAGUGAGCCGUGAAUGAAUUGCCUCGUUUGUUCAGUGGUUAGCCUAUGUGACUUCGGAUCACUCAGGUUCUUGUAAGAAAUUUUCAUUAAAAAUUCUCAGCCCAGAGUAUGAUAAUUAGUGGUGUAAAAGCCGACAUCAUCACUUCAUUAUAUUAUCGGUAACAAAUGAUCGUUAGAGUAAAACUUUAGAACCAAUCCGCAUUGGGCUAGCGUAGGUGAAUGCUUCAUAUCAUCUCCUACAUGGAGGGAGGCCUGGCUCCUUAGUGAGCAGUCAAAGUAGGCUGAUAAUGGUGAUGGAUCGAGUAAAGAGCGGGCAUUCUUCGUUUCAUUCAAAUUCGCGUGUCCAAUCUCACUCACACUCAGGCCAAAACGCCCGUCCAGAACGGCCCUCUAAACUGAGGUCCGAAUCUCAGAGGAGACGCCCUUAAAGAGAUAGUCGUUCCGCCCAUCUAUUCUGCUUCUGCCUUCAGGCUCUAUCAGGCGAUGCUUCUACGCUCGCUUACGGUGACGCCGCUGAGGUUUCGCUAAAGCACUUACACAAUCAAAAAUAAAAACUCACUCGCUCUCCUGUCUCCAUACCACUGCUGUACUGCGAAGGCAAUGACUCGGUUGUUUGGUUUCCCUAUAAUAGUACUAAGGACAUUUUUGUUUGGUUUUUUGUAAUGGUAGUAACUUGGUUGCGGUAAUGUGCGACAAACUUGCUAAAAGCAAUUUCGAAUCCCCUCCGUUAUGUAACAGAGCAUAUUAUUUGGUUGUUACUUGUUGAGAAUAAGCAAUUAGGAAUUUAACGUUGAACUAUCUAUAGCAUUAUCCAAAGGAUUAUACUUACAUAUCUUUUAUCUCUCUCGUAGGUAAAUCUACUUUACUUUUUAAUAUUUUGUUUAAUUUUUUUAUUUAAAUAUUCUUUAAAGACUGAUGAUGCGCAUGUUAAACAAAUCAUACAUUUUUUUAUUGAAUUUGUGUAUUCUUGUAAUAUUGUGUAAUACUUUUGUGAGAUAUGUUAUUAAACUUGACGGCAAACUUGAUCGUGUGUGGCUUUAUAGUUUACCAAUUUUAGCAAAAUACUAGAACGCAAUGAUGAAUGCAUCAGUAUACUUGACACUAUUGUGCUAUGGUCUUAAAAUAUCUAUUUGAUAAAGGUAACAGCUCAGUAGAGCCAUACAGCACUUGAUCUGCCUUGUUACAGCUCCCGAGCAUGACUAUCCGUGUGUGAUCCAAAUGCAAGUGUACGAGUACACCUAUUUGUUUCGAAAUAAGUAAACUUCAAUUUAUAAACACUUCAAUCUGUGCCAUCUACUUACAGAUUUGUUUUCUCUUGUUGUAACUAGAUGGCGCAGUUUUAAUUGUAACUAUGCUAUGUGCAAUGUACCGGUAAAUAUAAAUUGAAAUUUAAUUUAAAUUGUAAGUGUUUUAAUAUAAUUACUGGAGCAAAUAGGGACAACCUCACACUACAAACCGGUGAUGCUAUAGAAUUGACAAACAGAGCGUACUCGUAUAUUAUGUCCGUCGAAGGCAAUUAUAAAGAACCGCACAAGACUAAUGAGUGCAGGUCGGGUACCAGAUGGAUCUAAUGAGCAUGAACCUUAUUUGUUCCAAAGGUUGAUUAUUCCCAACAGAUUUAAUACGGUUGUGGGUAGUUUAAGAAAUAUGUAGUAUAAUAAAUGAAUGAAUUUUAAAUGUGUUAAUUUAAUAGCUGACAAAUGGUGCUAACAACAGGAAUAAUCCGGGUAUCUAUUGAAUAUUAUUUGAUGUUGUUUUAUUUUUAUUAUAGAUUAAUUACGUUAAUUACUUAAUAAGACGUUUUUAAUAUAGUAACAGAAAAAAUAAUAAUAAUAUAAUGAUGUAUAUAAUAAUUUUAAUAAUAUAUUAGUGUUACUUUAUAAAAAGCUCAAUAGCAAAAUUUGUAAUUCGUAAGGAAAUAUUUUUUAUGUAAAGUUAAAUUGAUAUUUGUAGUUAAAUAAGAUUUAAUUUAUAAUUUAAGUAAGAAUUUAUUUAUUUAAAAAGCAAUUACGAAUAUUAAUAUACCUAUCAACUUAUUCAUAUUUAAGUUAUUUAAAGUGUCUGUUAACACUAUAAAUAUAAAACAAACCAUACUCUGUAUUAUUGACGGCCUACGUGGCGCAGUGGUAUGCGCGGUGGAUUUACAAGACGGAGGUCCUGGGUUCGAUCCCCGGCUGGGCAGAUUGAGAUUUUCUUAAUUUGUCCAGGUCUGGCUGGUGGGAGGCUUCGGCCGUGGCUAGUUACCACCCUACCGGCAAAGACGUACCGCCAAGCGAUUUAGCGUUCCGGUACGAUGCCGUGUAGAAACCGAAAGGGGUGUGGAUUUUCAUCCUCCUCCUAACAAGUUAGCCCGCUUCCAUCUUAGACUGUAUCAUCACUUACCAUCAGGUGAGAUUGUAGUCAAGGGCUAACUUGUAAAGAAUAAAAAAAUAAAAAAAAAAACUGUAUUAUAUUGCUCUCUUUACAUACAGUAUUUAUUUUAUAUUUAUAUAAUUUAUAUAUUUAAUAGGAAUAGUUUACGCGAGUUGCUUAAUUUAAUGAUGGUGCAAAAAGUUAAAAAAGGAGUUAUUUUAAGACUGAGUGGUGGAUCUAUGGUUUUUCAAAUAUUAGUACAUACAAUAAUUAUAUUUAUUAAGGAUGAAAAUGAAUUUGCUUACAUUAAUAAGGCAUCCUUAGGGACAUGUUUAGCAGGGUUAUUAUGUAACUCGGUGUACCAUUCAAGUAAUAAGUCACUACAUCGUUUUUAAUCGUAUUUUCGGAAUCAUAAUCAUCUAACAAUAUCAUUUCUACGAAAUGAUCUUGACUGAGUGAUUUUACAUCAAAUGACAACGAUUUGACAAUGUAUUUUGUUAUCAAAGUGAACUUACAUGAGCAAUUCAAAUUGCUUCAAAGCAAAUGGAGUAUGUGGAUCAAUUUAAAACAACGAGCCAUUAUAACAAUAGCAAUUUAGUAUAACAUUUAAGAAAUAAAAAUACCUUUAUUUCUUAAAUGCCAAAUUAAUUUAACAUCAAAAUGUCUCUAACUCUCCCAGGACAAUGGGGAUGAUGACUAGGUGUGAAUAUGUUGACUUUUAUGAGACAUUCGGGUAUAUAAGGUCAAUGUUAAAUAAUUUAUACGCAAAAAUAAGACUAUAAAAAUUUCAAAAUCUAUCAAUAAUAAUCGCAAUUAGAUGAAAAUUCAUAAAUUUUUAGCUUCCUUACAUUAAACGUGACAUUUUUCAAUACAUGAACUAUAAACGUAAACGCAUAAAUAACACAAAUAUUUGUAAUUUUGAUCGCCUAUACAAAUCUAAUGAUUAUUAUGAUCAACGACGUCAUUGAUUCAUGCCCUUUUGUAUGGGGCGUUUUUCAGGGAUCUGCGGCAGUCCGCAUAUAUACCUUUUAAAUCCCUGUAGCUCCGAAAGUAAUGAUCGCAGAUACCGUGUUACUUUUCCAAAAUUGUAUUACUCCUAAUUUAAAUACAAUUUACAAAACAGUCAUCAUCCCUAUUCUCUGUGAUGUGUGAAAUAAUAUAAUGCUUUUAAAUCUUUUAAAAAU